CAAACCCCCGGGGCCCGGACAGAGACCCGGGCAGAGAGGGAGCCAAACCCCCGGGGCCAGGACAGAGAGGGAGCCACAGCCCCCGGGGCCCGGGUGAAAGGACAGGCGUGGAGAAAAAUCCCGACUGGGUCGUUGACAUCUGUCUCGGAUCCGGAUGUGGGUCUGAACCGGGAUUGGGUGGAUCCGCCGUGCGGAAGCCGGUAAUAUGCAGGCACUGUAUGGUGUAUUACUGAAGAAGCUCUAGUUGCAAUAAUAAUGAAAGCCAGUCCAAGGAGGCCUUUGAUUCUGAAACGGAGGAAACGUCCCCUGACCUUCAGUAAUCCAGUGGAUAUAAAGGAGAACGCUGCCGGGGACAAGAACGAUCCGAGCAAACACAAAGCUGUGUCCAGAGAUUUUGGCACAGCCAACACCUGUCCAAGGAAAGAUGACUUGGGAAACUCACAAAAGCGCCCAGCUACCGAGACUCAAAAAUUCCCUGAGAGAAUUCGGAUUGUGAACCACCCGUCAAUGCCCAACACCCAAGUUGUGUUCAUUCCAAAAAAUGCUGAUCUUCAAAGCAUCAUAGCAGCACUCACAGCAAAGGGAAAGGAGAGCGGCUCUAACGGACCCAAGAAAUUUAUUCUUUUGAGCAGUAAUGCAACUUCCUCCUCUCGCCAGACUCAAUCUUUGGACAGCAAUGAUCCUUGUGCAACACGAGGAGGUUUUCCUACACUCCUGGAAAGGAGCCAAAAGUCUUUGGAGUUCCAAGAAGAGCCAAACUUAACAGUUGCUGACCCAAGUAGCAAAGUGGCAGUAGCAGACUUUGCAAGUAGUGUCAACAUCAAAAAGGAGGAUGAACUCUCAGUGCACAUCCCACAAACAGAGGUGCCUUCACCUGUCUACGACCAGGAGACUGGUGCAGCUCCUACAGUUCCUGAGCGCCUUCUCCUGGAUGACAGUCUGACUAACAUUCAGUGGCUGGGUAAGAUGAGCACAGACAGCCUGGCUGCUUGCAGCGUGAAGGAUGAAACUGAGAAAGAAAACCAAGUGCCUCCAACAGAAGGUGCCAUUGCAGAGUCUGUUCACGAACGACCUCCAUACUCCUACAUGGCAAUGAUUCAGUUUGCGAUAAAUAGUACCCAGAGCAAGAGGAUGACUCUGAAAGAAAUCUACACCUGGAUUGAGGAUCAUUUCCCCUAUUUCAAACAUGUAGCCAAACCAGGUUGGAAGAACUCUAUUCGGCACAACCUAUCUCUGCAUGAUAUGUUCAUACGUCAAACAUCUCACAAUGGCAAGAUAUCACACUGGACAAUCCGUGCUGAAGCCAACCGCUUCCUGACAUUGGAUCAGGUUGUUAAGUCAUCGGAUUACAGCCCAACUGACCAGACUCAUUGGAUCCAAGCAGUGCCUUUGCUGGUCUGUCAACAACAACAGAAGAGAACUGGUAACACUGAGCUGCCAAAGAACAAUGUCGCUAUCAGUACAGAAGUUAAUCUGAGAAAGAUGAAGCCACUGUUGCCUCGGACUGACUCCUACCUGGUGCCCAUUCAACUGCCGGUCACCUCCUCCCUCAUCCUACAGCCAUCCCCUCACAUCACCCUGCCAACAAUCCAGGGGCACCCUUCCUCGGCCACAAGUAGCAGCGAGUUGGCCAGGAAGCGCAAGCGUGUUCGGAUUGCACCAAAGGUACCAAAUGAGACUCUGAGUUGUAAUCAUCCUGCGACCUCAACAAGAAACUCCGAGAAACCGUUGCUGAUUCAGGCAAUCCCUCCAGUUACUGACGUGAAUGAAAAUGCUGCAGCAGCAAAACUCUGCGAGGUGUCCAAGGAGAGCAGUUCCAGGCGAAAGCAGAGGCAUGUUCUUCAGCCUGUUGAGGAGCCAGUUAUCCUGUUCCCAGAAACCAAUGAAUCUGCAACAGAGACCGGAUUAGAUUUGGGUUUUGUGUCUGACUUCCAGGAAUCCAGAAUCCUGGAGCAAUGCUCAGAUUUUGCCAGCACCACCAUAGAUUAUAACUUCAAAACACCCAUUAAAGAGAAGCCCCGUGAUCUGCCUGCCUCCUCCACCCCCAGCAAAGGCACCACUGGAAGCUCUCCAGUCACUGUAGCAAACAGCUGGAAGAUUGCACUGACCCCUUUGAAAAAAGAUGACAGCCUGUUUGAGUUCAGUCCUGUGAGGACGCCAUGUGGUUCCUUUCUAACACCCUUGCGUAAUAAUGCAGGAUACCUGAGUUUUAGUAGCACACCAUUUAAGGACUUUGCUCUCUUCGAGUCACCACGUGAGCUCUUGAACUCCCCAGUUAAGGAUCUUGUGCCUGACACAAGCUCCUCCCCUCUUUCAGAGGACAAUUCCAGAAGGUGUUCCCGAGAACUGCAGGUAAAUGCAAACUGUAAUACCAAAGCAAACAGGUCUUUGACUGAAGGCUUGGUCUUGGACACCCUCAAUGACAGCCUUAGUAAAAUAUUACUGGACAUUAGCUUCACCGGCCUGGAGGAUGAGGACUAUGAACUCGGGAAUAUGAGCUGGUCAACACUAAUCCCAGAACUGAGAUAGAUAAGGUUGUGGAGGGGGGGAGUCUUGCUGCUUAAGUUAUUUUUUUUCUUGGUGUUAGAACCAUUUCAAGUUCAAACUGGUGCAACUGUUGAGGCAGAAUUAGAAAAAUCUGGACUAAACACUUGGACAUAAUUUCAGGUUGUUUUUGAAGUUAUCAGUUCCUAGUGUCUGUAUCUGUAGGUACUUAGUUCCUCACCCACCUGAACUAUGCUUACUGUAACUAGAUUAAUCACUUUUCAUUGUUAUCUCCGUACAAUCUUUUGCCGGUAUCUGUGAGUUUGCCAUACAUUGUAAUUAUUUGCUGUGUGUGUCUGUGUGCAUGUGCACUAUGUUUGAUGCUGCUUUGCCUUCCUGGACACAGGACGUUAGGCCACAAUUAAAAGGCCUUGAGACCUCCCAGUACUGCAUUUCUGACGAUUUUCACCAGAUUCCUUGAUUCUGACUGUACAUUUUCUUAAUUCUUGGUGUCUUCUCAGGGGAUAACAGAAACUUUUGUAUAUUGUGCUUGUAAAUAUAUUUUUAAAAAUAUAAAGAAAAAAUAUGAAGAGUAAUGGAAGCAUUGUAAUGCAUAGGGAGGGAAGCGGGAAAUGACUUUCUUGGUUUUAGUGAAUGUCUGACCUUAACUGAAGUUUGUUGUCUAGUUAGUAAGAUUUGAAAUAAUGCAGGCAAGUCAU